AUGAGCAAAGCUUCGAGAAAACUUCAGAUACAACUCUUUCGAGCGCUGCUUGUUAAGACAAUGAUUCCGAUAAUCUUUGAAUACCUCCCUUGUGCUGUCACUUUCCUCAGUCCACUUUUUGCAAAUUGUAUUUCUUAUGCUGCCGUCGUGUAUAAAAGGAGAGCCAAGCAAUGUCCGUUCAUCAAUAUUUUGAAAAAAUGUGCUUCAUUUCGGUUCUUCUUGGACUAUUCGCGG